AUGAAGAUCACCGCAUUGGCUGCGCUCUCCGGCCUGGCCGUCUCGCAGGCCACCUCCCAGCAAACCCUGGGGAAGGGCAAACCGCCCAACUUCCUCUUCGUCUUGACCGACGACCAGGAUCUACAGCUCAAUUCGCCCGCCUACACGCCGAGUAUUCUGCACCGCAUCAAGGAGAAGGGCGUGGACUUUACGAAUCAUUUCGUCACGACGGCGCUGUGCUGUCCGUCGCGCGUGAGUCUCUGGACGGGGCGGCAGGCGCAUAACACGAAUGUCACGGACGUGAGUCCGCCAUGGGGAGGAUAUCCUAAAUUUGUCUCGCAAGGGUUCAACGACAACUGGUUCCCCGUGUGGCUGCAACAAGCCGGCUACAACACCUUCUACACGGGCAAGCUGUUCAACGCACACAGCGUCACCAGCUACAAUGACCCCUUCGUCAAGGGCUUCAACGGCUCCGACUUCCUGCUCGACCCCUUCACCUACUCCUACUACAACUCAACCUACCAGCGGAACCACGAGCCGCCGCGCAGUUACGAGGGCCAGUACACGACGGACGUGAUCACCGAGAAGGCGCUGGGGUUCCUGGACGACGCGCUGGAGGGCGAUAGGCCAUUCUUCCUGACGGUGUCGCCCAUCGCGCCGCACUCGAACAUUGAUAAGGUGGGGGCGUCCAGUCCGACGAUCAUGAGCGAGCCAAUUCCGGCGCCGCGGCAUGCGCAUUUGUUUGCUGAUGCGAAGGUGCCUCGGACGCCGAGCUUUAACCCUGUUAACUACACCGGGCCCAGCUGGCUGAGCAACCUCCCUCUGAAGAACCAGACCGUGAUCGACUACGAGGACCACUACUACCGCCAGCGACUGCGCGCGCUGCAAGGCGUCGACGAACUCGUGGACCAGCUUCUUGACCGACUUGAAGAGAGCGGCGAGAUCGACAACACGUACAUCAUCUACUCGUCGGACAACGGGUUCCACAUCGGCCAGCACCGUCUGCCGCCGGGCAAGACGACGGGAUUCGAAGAGGACAUCCGCGUGCCAUUCUACAUUCGCGGACCGGGCAUCCCGGAGGGUAAGACGGAGGACAGCGUGUCGACGCAUAUCGAUCUGGUGCCGACCUUCUUCGAAUUGGCGGGGAUUCCGCUGCGCAAGGACUUUGACGGCACGCCGAUGCCCUUGAAGAAGACCGGGUCGAAGUCGGUGGCGCAUGAGCAUGUCACGGUGGAGUAUUGGGGGAGGAGUGUCAUCGAGGGCGAAUAUGCUGCUAUCGGUCCCGGUGGUUCAACCAACACGCCCAACAACACGUACAAGUCGGCGCGCAUCAUCGGCGAGGAUUACAACCUCUACUACUCGGUCUGGUGCACCAACGAGCACGAACUUUAUGAUCUCUCGACCGACCCCUACCAAUUGCACAACAUCUACACGACCAAGAACGGCACGACGCUUCUCUCGCGCCCCCUCCCCGCCUUGAUCAACCGACUCGACGCUCUCCUGCUCGUGCUCAAGUCCUGCCAGGGCGCCACCUGCAUCAAGCCGUGGGAGGUUCUGCAUCCGGACGGGAAAGUGCAGAGUCUGCGCCAGGCGCUGGACUCCCGAUAUGAUGCCUUCUACCGCAAGCAGCCGAAGGUAUCGUACGAGACGUGUCUGGACGGAUAUCUGGUCGGCAAUGAGGGUGCGCAGGUGGGACUGGAGUUCCGGGAUGGGUUGAGCUGGGAUGCGUGGGCUUGAUUGAUCUUACUGAUCUAUAAGUAAAGAUACCAGAUGUAUGCGUGUAUAUAUUCUGUGCUUGAAAUGA